CUCCGUACAAGGAGUUCUCAUGCUCAUUCUGUCAGACUGGCCCCAAGCUCUCCACUUCCCCUGUCGUCAUUGCAAGUUACUGUGGCGCAUGGUGGAAGGAGCAACAAACCGUGAUGGGUUGUCGUAACUUCCAGGUUGGCUUGUUUCCCCUGCCUGCAUAUAAGUCACCCGAUUCCCGACUUCUCCUUUCCUUUCCGCUACCCCCAAACUGAACCACAGUCCUUCUAAUACCACCCAGAUCCUUUUCUGUCUAUCAACAACAACAACUUCAAACCCCUCCUCGCAACCACUUUCUCAGUCGCAAUGGCCACUCUUCAUUACCUCCCUCCUGUCAAGCCUUCGGCCAUCGCCCUCGGCGUGGUCUUCAACCAAGUCGCCUCGGCCGGCGUCCUUGCCCCUCUGUUUGGUGACACCUACCACCGGGCCAAGGCCGCAGACAGCAAGGAAGAAUUCUUCAAGAGCAGGGAAGCUGCCACCGCCGCCGCAAGCUGGGGUUCGUCCCUCGUAGGCUCGGCCAUUCAGACCUAUGGUGUCGCUGCCCUGAUCAAUGCUACCGGCACACUCAGCUAUAAGGGUUCCGCUUACCUGGGAAGCUUGAUCUUUAUGGCCACCUACUCUCCAUCGCUCAUCGCCGCCGUUGUCACCGAGAACCGACCUGUGGAAGUUGUUGCUGUUGGUGUUCUAUCUCGCAUCGCAGAAACUGUCGGCCUCAGCAUGUUCCUUACCUACUGGGGCACCCGAACCAACCCAUUCGACUAGAUUAGUCCGGCUGGGAUUUAGGAACUCCGGAAAAGAAAAUAUUGGAAUGCAAGUCACAUAGUUGACCUCAUUGAAUCUCACCACUAUUGCGCGGCGGGAGUAGGGCCUUCACGCUUUGCAAACGUGACCCUGUAUGUAUUCGUAAUAGUACAAUUAACGAUGCAAAAUCAACCAACCAUGCAAGCUCUUCUGUUCCAAUUGUCA